AUGCAGCGUCUUUGCGUCUUGUUAUUUGUCUUUGCUUCUGUAACUUUAAGCUUCGGUUUUGAAGGAAUUGGUGUGAACUAUGGGCUUCUGGGAAAUAAUCUACCACCACCAGCCCAAGUUAUCAAUCUCUUAAAGUCCAGAAACAUUCAAAAGAUCCGAAUUUUCGAUCCGAACCCGGAUGUGUUAAAGGCACUAGAGGUUUCUGCCAUUUCAGUAAUUCUUGGUACUCGAAAUGAAGACUUGCAAGCACUAGCAAGUGAUCCAACAUUUGCAACAAAUUGGGUACUCACUAACGUUAUUCCAUAUGCUUCACUUAUUAAAUUUACUCAAAUAUCAGUAGGUAAUGAAGUGAUACCAGGACCAUUAGCAACUUUUGUAUUAGGAGCGAUGCAAAAUCUAGACUCAGCAAUUAGAGCGGCCUCUAACUAUUAUAUACCCGUUACGACAACAAUCUCGUUACAAGUUUUAGGAACCUCGUAUCCUCCUUCGAAUGGCGCCUUCUCCGAGGAUGCCAACCAAUUCCUACAACCAAUUGCGCAAUUUUUAGCUACAAAGCAAUAUCCGUUACUGGCUAAUGUCUAUCCUUAUUUUGCCUAUGCUGGAAAUUCUGCUCAAAUUCAAUUAGAUUAUGCACUUAUAAAAAAUACGGGUUCGGUUGUAAGUGACGGACAAUUCCAAUACAAUAACUUGUUUGAUGCAAUGGUGGACUCUUUGUAUGCGGCAUUGGAAAAAGUUGGACAACCAACGCUAAACGUUGUGGUUACGGAAACAGGAUGGCCGAGUGCUGGCGAUGUUUAUGCAACUAUAGACAAUGCACAAACAUAUGCAAACAAUUUGAUUGCACAUGUUUCAUCUGGACAAGGAACUCCUAGGAGGCCUGGAAAAGAUGUGGAGACGUACAUUUUUGCUCUGUUCAACGAGAACCAAAAGCCUGCUGGUGUCGAGGAGAAUUUUGGUUUAUUCUACCCCGAUAUGACUGAAGUUUAUCACGUCAACUUUACACCCAAGAAGAAUUGA